GUGACCCUCCCCAAGCUACUGCUUGGAUUGGCCAGUGUAUCCUCUACUUGCUGAUAAUGAUUUUUGAGAAGACUGUGAUUAGCCUUGUCCUGCUUAUCCCUGGUUGGACAAAGCUUCAGCAGAUCUUCCCAGAUUACAACCCAAACCCCAAGCUGGAGCUUGCCCUCGUCACACUUGUUGUGCCUUUUAUAGUCAAUGCCAUUACGUUCUGGGUUGUGGACAGCUUGAUCAUGAGGAAAUCUAAGCAGAAGGAUACCCUGAACAUCAAUGGAUCCAUAGAAACUCCUCAGGCUAGGAGCACUGAGGAAUCUCAGGCAUUACUCUCUCCAGACAUGGAUUUUGAUCAGUCUGAAAGUGACCAGAAUGUUUCAAGACUCCAGGAAAUGAACCAGAAGAUGAAACAGCCCAGCUAUCAAGUGAUCAUUUGA